CAGUAUGAAGUGGUUAGUGUUGGCCUUUGCCCUUGUGGCGGCUACAAGCUGGGCCCAUGGAAGCGUCGUGAAGAGUGUCUUCGUGGGCACUGGUACGGAGGAGUACGUGUACGCGUACGAGCUGGAUGUGACGACCGGUGUGGUUGAGCCUGAGUAUGGUUCAGUGUACCGUGUGAAGGCUUACAUGCAUGUUCGCCCAGAUCCUUCUGGAAAUGGAACGUUCGUGUACUUUGAUGAGCCGAAGGUGUUCCUGUACACGGGGCACCUACCAAUUCCGGUUGAACCAACGGCCGAGAAUUACACCCUGUACGCCAAGCAAGCCGAAGCGUUCGUGCAGCCAUUCUACGUGACGUACGACAAGUUUGGACUGGUUCAGGAAGUCUUCACCACCAAGCAGGAUGUACUGUGGAGCAUUAAUCUGAAGAAGGGAGUCGCAGGUAUGCUGCAACUGCCAGUCGACAAGAUCCCGUCGAAGAAGUUUGUCAAACCGUUCGUGUUUACCGAAACGGAAGAGUCCGUGUACGGUAAGGUGAAUGUUACGUACGCCGUACACUCGGUUGAUGGUCAGAAAGUGCAGAUCGUGAAGACACCGGACUAUGAAUCGUUUGCUAAUCUGCCGUACGACGUGUACUCCAAUGUGGAACCUUACCACGUGUAUCAGAACUGGAGCACCUGGAACUCGGUAUUGCCGGUGGUGGAGUAUGAGCUGAUUUAUACCCGCGAGGGUGUUAGCGUGGUUAAGGCACACUCGGAAAGUACCAAAUACGUGCAGCCGUUCACUGUUGAGGGUCAGAAGCAGUUUGUCACGAGCAAACAGACGUUUGUGUUUGCGAACACCGUUGCUCCUACCAAGACUUUUGAGUUCUCUGGAUUCCCGGUGUAUCACUACGUACAGUAUGAAACAUCCGAGUCAGUCUUUGAGGAAACUUAUCCGACCAUUGCAACCGUCUCGCCCGUUGUAGAUAUUUCUUCCGUUGGACCCAAGGUCCAGGCUAUGCUGUAUGAAGCUGUCCAGUACCUUCAGGAGAACCAAAUCACGCAACAGGAAAGCGAUACCAAGUACGGUCUGGUGAUCACAAAUAUCAUUGAAGCACUGAAACCGUUCACCGUUGAGAACUAUGGCCAGUUCUGGACCGUGUUGACCAAGUCGACCACUCCGAAGGAUCUGAUGGCGGUAGACAUUUUCUACAAGGUGCUUCCCUCCGUUGGCACUAAAUACUCCGUACAGUUUGUCAUGGAUGUAGUCAAGAGCCACAAGGUGAAGGAUUCGGUUGCAUCAGGCAUGCUGUUCUCGCUCGGCGUCAACGUGCGCGUGCCAUCCGUGGAAUUGCUGCACGCUGUCGAAGACUUUAUCAACUUCCCCGAGUAUGUUAAGCCCGACGUGGCACAUGCCGCCAUCCUUUCGUUCGGUACUAUCGUUUACAAAACGUUCCAGCACGAAAAGUACUCGACGGAAAUCGAAAAGUACAUUAAGAUCUACUACAAACACCUGAAGGAAUCGAAAACGUACGAGGAGCAGCUGGUUUGGCUGCACGGUUUGAAGAACAUUCAGCUCGGUACGGUCGGUGAACUGUUGGUGCCGCUGGUGAAGGGUGAGCCGGUGCUGGAAUUCGCGUACGAUCGCCAUCUGCAGGUGCACGUGAUCUAUGCUCUGAUGGAAAUUUUGGAACACGAGCACGACACGCUGUUUGAGGUGGUGUUCCCAGUUGUGAUCGAUGACACACUGCCACUGGAAUUGCGUGUGGCUGCUGUGAAGGUGAUCGUGUCGAUGGAAGAAGUUCACUACUUCUCGAAACUGGUUGCGUUCAUCAAGACCGAAACGAACGUCCAUCUCUACUCGUACUUUGUGACCACCGUGCGUAGCUUGGUCAACUCGGACGUUUACUUCGGAACGGAGUUCUACCACUACCUGCAGCAGGUCGUGAGCGAGUUUGUGCACUACGAUCCGGCAGUGGAGACAAAGUCCUUCUUCUACGAUUACGUCGAUGUGGAGCAGAAGGUUGGCAGCAUCAUUCGUGGUAAUAUGAUUGCGGAUGUUAAGUACAACAAGGUGAAUCAGUUCUGCAUUAGCUUCGCGCCUUACGUCAUGGAUCGCGUGUACGAUCUCUACUCGGUGUAUGUCAAGUUCGAGGGAGUGCACAACCCGCUGUCACUUGUCUGGCCCAAGCUGUUCAAUGUGGACCCUAAAACGAUCAACGAACCGAUUACCAAGAAUCAUGAAAAUGUCCCCGUUCACGUGGAGUUCACGUUCAUGGCCAACGGCAAAGUUGUGUACACGAAGUACUUCAACGAGGAAACGAUCAAGCAGUUCUACACGUACACCUAUCUGACAAUCCUGAAGACUCUGCAGUAUCAGUUUACGACCGUACUGAAUGUGGCCGAUGUUGAGCUAUACACACCGACGUACGAUGGAGUUCCGGUUAAGGUAGCGCUCAAACUGCCGCUUGUGUCGCAGUUCAAGUACAACGUUGUGGUACCGUCCACUACCAACCAGAACGAGGUGACGCUCACCGUUAACAGCUUCUUCCGCAUGUGGAUGCACGGAUACUACGGUGUGUCGGUGUACAAUCCGUUCGCCGUAACCUGGCAAGGUACGCGUCGUGUGCAGGCAUUCGACUUCCACGUCCCGCUGGUAUUCGACGUUAUCUUCAACUUCCAGCAGAAUUCGUUCAAACUUGUGUGGAGCAAGCAUGCCAACGAGGUGUUCAAUGUAGUCGGUUUCAAGUCGCACGUGAAGACGCAGGUUUACGCCAGGUCAGAUACGGAAGUAGACUAUCUGAAGCCAACCUGCCCGGCAUGCUUCCACUAUCAGACGGUCACGGCCGUCCCAGUACCGAAAAAGAAGGACGUCGUCCUGUACGAAGCACACUCCAAGUACACCGGUCUGCACUUCUACCUGUCCGUGUUUGAUGUGGAAGUUCCACCAACGGUCAAAUACUUCAAAUCGCUCCACGAUGUCUUCACGUCGGAUCUGUUCCACGAGCUGGAACACGUUACCGUGUUCGACUUUGUGACGAAGUACUUCACCUGGUUCUACACAACUGUGCUGCCACCGAAACCCACCAGCUACGGUGUGGUCGGAUACGUUAACCCGUGCAAGGUCUAUCCGUUCGACAAGGUAGAGUUCACGUUCAAGGUUGACAGUGAAGCGUUGUCGCACAAGCUGUGGACCACUCCGGACUAUCGGCAGUACGUCAAGUUUACGGCUAUCUUCAAGAAGACGGACGUCGUCGUCAACCAUUGGGACUUUAACGUUUACUACACUCACGAAUAUGGAACGUACUUCAAAACGGUCAACAUGCAGAUAACGCGCCAAACGCCCGGUGAGAAGAACAUGAACAUCUGCAUUGAUUGGGUGAAGGAUGUGGUGCCAGAAUCGGUUACCGGUAAGCUGUCCUACUUCCAUGGCUACUCGUACGACCACAAGUGCGUGAAGGAUGAUAUGGUGGUAUCGGUCGAAUGGACUGGAGUACCUUCGGAUGUGCAGAAGAACUAUACGUACGUUCCAUCGUAUCACACCGUGCCGACGUACUUCUAUCAACAGUGUGUUCCACGCGUUCUGCCGCACUUUGAAGAAUACUCCGUGCCAGUACCAUACGAAUGUGUCGAUAUGUAUAGCACCGUUCGUAAGUACCAGUACACGGUCGACUAUCAGCAUGUGUAUCCGGUGUACGAGGAGUUUGUUAAGCCGUUCUGGUUCUGGGUGAAGCACGUUGGACCAGCUUACUAUCCGGAGGUUGAACAGUUCCACUUUGUCCCGGAGAACCGAUUUGUUGUGGAGGUUGAGUAUCCGGUGUACUACACCUACCCGAUUGUGGAUGUGGUAGUAAAGUCGGCGUACGAAACCGUUGCCUUCGAUCAGGUUCCGUACUACGAUUGGGUCUGGGUGUUCCAACCGGACAGUACUGUGUUCACUAAGUACUUUGAAGUGAUGAAGUCGUUCGGCUAUGUUGAUAGCUGCGUGGUCAACCCAGUGUACGAGUAUGCACCCUAUCAUUACACCGUCAGCAAGAAGCCGGUCUACAACGAAUGGAUUCUGUACGCCUCGGAUCAUCCCGUCACCUACACCUGGGCCGUUUAUGUGCAGAAGCUGGAAAAGAACCAUGUUGCUUUCAAGCUCGUUCUGAACGGUCACAGCGUAGUUGUGCAGCCACUCUUCGGCAAGCAGUACGAAUCCACCGGCACGAAGUACACCUUCACCGUGGACAGCGAGCUGAUGUACGCUCUGGAGCACGGUAGCGUCGAUGUAUAUCCGUUCAAGUACUACUACGUCUACGACACGAUCGUCUUCGUGGUACCGAACGUUUCCCUCUACGUGGUGUACGAUGGCUAUCAGGUUAAAAUCGAAACACCCAAGGUGGAAAACGUCGCUUUCUACGGCCAGUGCUAUGUGUAAUGCUUA